AUGGAGAAAAAGAUAGUGCGCAAAGGGCCGCUGCCUGGAGGUCGCCAGGGCGCGUCUGGAGCUGGCGCUGGACGCGACAGCAUGCGGGCCGCCAGCCGAGCGCGGGGUGUUGCAAGACCACCUAGCAGCCCCCCGCAUCCAUCAUCCCCACCAGAAGGCUUGGUGUCGGCUGGGUCUUCUCGGACUCAGCAAGCGGCACCCGCCGCUGGUGGAGCACGUCGCAUGCGUUGGUCUAAAUCAAUGAAUGAAAACGCACUGCGGGCGUAUUUUAGGGCAAAAGGGGAAGAAACUGGAUGUUUGGCGUAUCGGGCUCGGAUGCAUCGCUUUUUUGCAGAGCUGGAGCCAUCUCUAUCCGUCACUGAGCAAAACCUGGCAGACCGAGUUAGGUACAUCCUGCGCUCCAACAUAUUUGGUGACGCCGAACUCGAGCGACUACGACGUGAGGCUAUUCCUUCAUCGAAUGGAAAUGCUACGGCUGGGAAUGCGGCGCCACUAGAUGCGCAACAAACUGCAUAUGUGGAUGCUGCCGUCAACAUUCCAUUUGUGGCUAAUUCAGACGAUGAUGGAAUAGUCUCCCACGAACUAGAGAAAAUGAGGAGCAUAUUGGAAGAGUCGAUGCUGGAAACGCGCAGCAUGCCUCUCGAAAAUCGACCGCGACUUCCCCGCAUACCCCUUAGCAAGCGAAAUCGGGCUGUCGUGCGGGCUCUUAACCCAAUGCUGGUGACCUAUUUGGAAGCCAGCCGGGACCUUUGCGAGACGGAUUCAAUUCUUUUUGGCGCCGCACUGGCAGUAUGCCGUAUUAUUGGCGCCAAACUUCCCGUGGCUGGACGUGCUACUCAAAAAAGUAGCGCCAUCCCAGCCUGGAGAAAAAGAAUUGAGGACCGUAUCGCAAAGGCAAGGGCCCUUAUCGGCAGACUGACAAGCUUCAGGUCGGGUAAUAAUAGACCGAGGAUUAUGCGCACCGUUAGGAUGGCGUUUGCUGGGACAAAUAUCAGUUUGUUCCAGCCGGAUAUCACGCAAAAACUAACGGAGCGCAUAGAUGACCUGAAGCAAAAAAUCGCUGCUUGGGGGAAGCGGAUUCGACGAUUUAGCGAGAGGUCAAGGCGGUUCAACCAGAAUCGUCUCUUCCAGAGUGAUCAGAAGAGGCUCUAUAAAUCAUUGGAGCGACCAGAGGUAUGUGGAGCGGGCCCAGGACCGGAUCAGGCUGACACUGUCGCAUUUUGGCGUGGCCUGUGGUCAGAGCCCGUAAACCACAGCGAGGGCCCUUGGAUGGAAGUUGUGGCGAGCCAGAGUGCAAGUGUUACGCCUAUGGACCCCGUCACCAUAACGCCUGAAGACGUGGCUGAGGCGGUCCGUAGGGCCCCGAACUGGAAAAAGUCCGGGGCUCGACGGGCUGCAUCAUUACUGGCUGAAGGGGUUCGUAGUGUGUCACGCUGUGCUCGCCCGACAGUUUCAAGAGGCUCUCGAUCAGAAGUCGCUCCCGAGCCUCUUCACUACUGGGAUCACUCAUUUGGUUCCUAA